AAAAGUGAUAAAAUCAGCUAUGGGAGCUAUAUAUAUAUAUAUAUAUAUGAUUGGCUGACCUUACAAAGAAAUGAAAGAACGAUGAUUUCGCAAACUAAACAAACAUAUUAAUACAUAUUAAUAUAGAAUUGUGUUGUACUUGUCAUUUAGUUUAAAUUUUCACCAAGAAAGAUAUGUAUACAUUGAUUUAAAUAUAUUAUAACGAAUUUUUAUAUGAUUUUUAACUAAAUAAAUAAUUUUUAUUUAUCUAUAAAAAUUCUAAUAUCAAAUUUUAUGUUUUGGAGUAGUAAACUGACAUAUUUGAAUAUUGGGAUAUAUUCUAAUCCAAUAAAAUUAUUAAUCUUGGCAUAGAGGUUAAACAAAUAAAUUGCCAAAAUAAAUUAAUUUUAAAAAGUUAGAAUAAAAGUUAUAGUAAAUAUUAAUACAAUGUAACAAUUCCAAAAAUGUUAAUAUAUAUAUAUAUAUAAGCUAUUUAACAAUAUUUGGGAUAAAUAAUAGAGAAAAAUAAUAAUAAAAUAAUAACAGUUGAUAGAAGGUAAAGUAACAUAGACAAAAGAUGCCUGCAGUAAUAGUAGGAGCACCUCAACGUAGUGAACAGAUGUGGCAAGCAUUAAAGACUCAUAUUACAAGGGAACGACAACGAAAGAAACAGGAACAAGAAGCUGAUGCGGAAGAAGAACGUCAAAGAAAAGAAAGAGAACGUCAGCAAAAGCAAGAUGUUAUGACUUUAGGUGAAACACGUGAACAAAUAUCCAAUCUUGAAAAUGAAUUGGCACAACUGAAGGAUGAAAAACAUCAAUUAUUUUUACAAUUAAAAAAAGUUCUUAAUGAAGAUGAUAAUAGAAGACGUCAACUUAUUAAGGAAACAAGAGGCUGUUCUGAAGUAUUAACAGCAGUUGGAGGAUAUCCUGGUACAGUUUCGCAAGUAGUACAGUCUCCACUAUUUUUACCAUUACCACGUAGCAGUAGUCCUUUGUAUAACAAAGUAGCAGUUGGUGCACCAACGCAUACUCUUCUACCAAGUGGUCCAUUAAAAAGAUCACACAGUCCUUCACCUCCACCAACAGCAUCUCCAUACCAUACUGGAUAUGGAUAUAAACCACCACCUUCUAUUUCAAGUUACAAUCCACCUCCACCUAAAUCUGAGGAUGCUGCUAGAAGAUCUAAUGAUUCCAGAGCUGUUCUUUGGAAUAAAAACAAUCAAUAUUCUGCAUCAAACUUCUAUUCUACACCUACUGGACAAAGUGUUUAUAGUUAUUCUGCUCCAACUUCACAGCAGUCUAGAGAACCUGAACUUGCAAAACCAGUAUAUUUAUCAGGAAGUAGAGCAGCUUUAUCUACACAUCAAACAGCAUACGUAACUAGUUUACACACUCUAGAACAUAAAGGUGCAUAUGCAGAAGAUAAAUUUUAUCUUCGCCCUGGUAGUCAUGUUACUGUACAUGGUGGUGCUAUGCCAAUUCAACAACCAACACAAGGAGCCAAAACAGGUGGUAUUACUUCCGGAUAUCCAGUAAGAGCACCUCAACCACCACCUGGACCAUAUCCUCCCCCACCCCCUGGAACUUACGUUAAUGCAUCAGGCGCUAAUAUACCUGGUCGUUUACUGUAUACACAACCUGGCGCACGUUAUUUACAAAGAGAGGUAUAGAACUAAUAUUUAAAUAUCCAUGGCUUAUAAUGCAUAAUUGAUAUACAUAUUUUAAUAUAGCUUACAUAUUACAAAACAUUUACAGAACACAUACAUGAAAAAUAAUAUACGAAUUCAUUUAUCAAAUAAAAAAUAUUCUGCAACAGCAAAUAUUUAUAGUAAAUUGUUAAAACUGUAUAGAGAUAUAUAUUUAUAUCUUAUACAUUAUGUAAAUCAUUAUUUCUCAAGUAUAUGAAGAGAGAGUUUUAUAUAGUCCAAUUUUUAAUAUUAUCGAUUAUUUCACGACAUAUACACGUAUCACUAUACACAUUAAAAGUUGAAUUUGGGAUUUAUAAGCCAUCGAAAAAGGAAUAAAAUACGAUAGGAUAAUAUAACGUCAAUUUUAUAUUUCAUUAUUAUCUAUUUGAAGAAAAAUGUC